AAAACUUACCCUUUCACACCAAUGGUUUAAUAUUUCAAAACGUGUUUUUAAUUCGUAUUUCGAAAGAAUUUAAUUGAAUGAGCUCCUCUACAAUUUGCAUCAAAUACAUUCGUAGCAGAGAUGUUCUGGAAUAUUGUAAUUUAUUUAACUGCCCUGCAGAUCAGCCAAGUCAUCCCAUAUGGCGGCGAAGACAGCUGCGGCACUUCAGAUUGCGCCCGCGCAUAUUCCAAAUUAGAAAACUUGUGUUACGACUUUACGGGAGAUGCUGGAGAUUACUUUUCGAUAGCAGAUAUCCAUCAACGUGAUGGAUUCUUUGCAGUUCGAGAAGCAUCCCUUUAUGUGGCCUACAACGCAUGUGGCAAAAUAACUGGCUCAAUCGAUAACUAUCGUGUAGGACAAGAUUUAGAAAAGGAUAAAGUGAGCGGGGGCUCGAAUAAUGGUCCUUCAAACUCUUUAACACCUUCCUCAAGUAGUAUUCCUCCUACAAGUUCAAAUAGUCCUACAAGUAGUGGUCCUACAAGUACUGGUCCUAGUUCAACGUCCACUCCUCCUAGCUCAAGUUCUCCUUCUCCUAGUACUACUCCAACUCCUAGUAGUACAACUCCUGGAGGUACUCCAACUCCUGGAGGUACUCCAACUCCCGGAGGUACUCCCCCUCCUACUGGAGGUUCUCCUUAAUUUCGUGAGAGCUUUUCUCCUUUCUUGUAGAGUACUUCCUUCGUCUAAUUUUUUCUGAUUUAGCUUGUAUUCUUAAUUGUAGUAGAUAUCACUAUUAGAAAAUGUGUGUAGUCAGAUUUUAAAUGAAAUACAAUAAAUUCAAUUCGUUCGUUA